AUGCCUUUGGGACUUAGGAAAAAGAAGACCAAGCCGAGGGACAGCUCGAAUUUGGUAGAGAAUGAAGAGAUGGAUGGACUGCCGGGUCCCGGAAAGUCUUCUGUUAACGGUGGCGGUCUGCCACCUCCACCUGCCAGUCUGCGACCGAAACUCGUGUUUCAUACACAGCUUGCCCACGGUAGUCCGACUGGCAGAAUAGAGGGGUUCUCAAAUGUAAAAGAGCUAUACUGCAAAAUAGCGGAAGCUUUCAAUUUAAGCCCUCCAGAGAUCCUGUUUUGCACCCUCAACACUCACAAGAUUGACAUGGAUAGGCUGCUGGGAGGACAGAUUGGCCUGGAGGAUUUUAUCUUUGCUCACAUUAAAGGGAUCAAGAAGGAGGUAGAGGUGGUGAAGUCUGAGGAUGCUCUUGGACUCACCAUCACAGACAACGGAGCUGGAUACGCCUUCAUUAAGCGUAUCAAAGAGGGCAGUGUGGUGGAUGGGGUGAAGGUCAUCUGUGUAGGAGACCACAUCGAGUGCAUCAACGGGAAGAACAUUGUGGGCUCACGGCACUAUGAGGUGGCCCGCAUGCUUAAGGAACUGCCCAAGAACCAGACGUUCACUCUAAAACUGGUGGAACCCAUGAAGGCCUUUGAGAUGCUUGAACCAAGGUCGAGGGGAGCCAAACCUCCAGGAGAGAACAAGAUCGGCACAGGCAGGGGAACACUGAGACUCCGUUCAAAAGGUCCUGCUACUGUGGAGGAACUGCCAACAGAGUUUGAGGAGAAAGCGGUGAAAAAAGUAGACGACCUUCUUGAGAGUUACAUGGGCAUCCGUGACACUGAACUAGCGGCCACCAUGGUGGAAGUGGGCCGGGACAAGAAGAACCCCGACGAGUUCGCCAUGGCUCUGGACGAGGCUCUGGGAGACUUUGCUUUCCCAGACGAGUUUGUGUUCGACGUCUGGGGGGCCAUUGGAGAUGCCAAACAGGGACGGUUUUAA